AUGCCCUUCUCCACCAUUGAUGGCCUACAGUUCGAAGAAGACGAUCACGCGGUUACCGCCCUCAACCAGUGGCUAUCCAAACAGCAGCAAGGAGCAGCAACGGCAACAUUGAACCCCUUUGUCUUGAAUGCGCUCACCCGUCGUCGACCGGUGGUGAAGACUCACUUCCAUAGCCUUCAACUUGAAUGUCAACGCCUGGGAGAUCUGAUCCCGGAAACAUUGCGCAAGGCUUUACUAGUAGCGGGGAAGCCACGCGUCCUGCGUCCGCUUCGGGAGUUGGAGGUGCUCGUUGAAAGCGACAACCCGGCAUAUAUACUGCUCAACGCCGCCGAACCCCUAUAUGAACCUGCAACCUACGGAGGGAUGACGCGGAGGGGAGAGCAGGCGUAUUACUUGUAUGGUCCAUUCACUAGGAAAUACAGGGGAAGCGCUGUGGACGAUUUCGUGAAAGCCCUCGAUAUGUACGAUAAGAUGUACGACAAAGACAAACACUUCGGCAGGUGUAUCCCUAUAAUACAGUCCAGCGGCACGGGAAAGUCGAGGCUCAUGGAUGAGCUUGCUAAAACAGUGCCGUCCGUCACAAUAUGUUUCCGACGCGACAGGCAGCAAUACGAUUUCCAAGAUGGAUGGCCCCCCCAAGAUAUGGUUCCCAGAGAUUAUCUGAUGGAAAAGCGUCUAUGGGCCAGGGCUGAGAUAGCUGCAGCCGCUUUCCUCGGCGCAACAUCUACUUUCCUCAACGACAUAUGUGUCCAGGAAGCAGAGAACCUUACGCCUGGACGAGUGCCCCCCUGGGUGACGUCGUUCUCAUUGCAAAACCCUGCAGCGCCGCGGAACUCGAAGAGGCACCGCUCGUUUCUCGAAAUCAACGAAAUAGCAGAGAAGCUACUCGCUGAACAUGCUGGCGUGCUAUCCAGGUCUUACAACGCGGACGACACAUAUUAUGUGGAAGAUAAGUUUUCGGACGGCUGCAUUCCCCCACUUCCAGAAGCCGAGCGGAUCUCCUUGUGGUGUCAGCAAAUCUAUCGAAUUAUGGUCUCCGACGCAGCUGAGAAGCUAGCAGCGACACUUAGGCGGCACGGCCAUCGCUUCCUAGUCAUUGGUUUCAACAAAUGUCAUUAUCUCAACGACCACGAGUCCUUGAGAGACGCCGGUUUCACCAUGUCUAUGCUCGCCAUGCAGAGGAUCAUAGCCGCAGCCGAUGAGUUUUCACUCGAAGACUUCACCUUUUGGUUUACGUUCGUCAGCACCAACCCCUCGGUAUUUGACCUUGGUCCGCCCAGGGAAGAUUAUCCGUCGAAUAACCUCCGACAUGGCAAAGAUCUUCUCCCGCCGUACAUGUCCAUUGGCUUCGAUCAAAUGGUUCCUCCGAAUCUAUCCACGUCACCGCACGUAGCCCUUUCUCUGGAUAGGCUCAAGAUGUAUGGUCGCCCGCUCUGGUCGGCGGAGGUCGAAGAUACACUCAUCCUGCAGGCUUUCUUGAAGCUGUUCUGCGCUGAGGUAUUCGUGCCCAUGAAGGUUGAUCAUGUCCUCGCUGCUUUCUCCCAGCAAGUCGGUCUCAAACUUGCACGUUCGGAGGCAUCGGCUCGCGUUGCCCUAGAAGGUGUUAGGCGUCACAUGAGGGUGCUACUUGCUGUCGGCGAUCGCGCUUAUGUUGAAUCAAAGGUCCCAUCGGAACCCUGCCUUGCUCUAGCAGCUGCUCGGGCGCUCCGGCCUUCGUUGAUGGAUCUGGGCGUUGCACUGGAUACGCUAGUUAAAAAGCUCAUUAUGAAUGAUAGGCUCGUUGAUUGGAACGCCCAUGGGUUUGUCAAACUCUAUGCUCGACUUCUAUUGACUCUUGUGCGCGAUCAAGCAACGGACAAAGACGGCAAAACCGAGGAUUACUACGUUCACAAAUCACAAGAAUAUCACGUCCGGACUGUUACUCUGGCUGACCUUCUCGUACAGCUUCACGGGGACGGCGGUCAAAGGAAGAGUUGUCAGGAAGAUGCGCAAAAUCCGCAGAGCAACAUGUACCAAAGCCUCCUGGAGAUGGCGCAGCAAAAGCACGUGAAUUUCACGCACUUUUGGCACCUCGAAGAGAGCUGCUCGCACGAUCAGCCUGUCAUCGAUAUCAUCAUCGUCACUUACUCGGGCUCGCUCACUUCAGAGUGGGACGACGGCAAUCUGGGCAUGUUCUGCAUCAAAACCGCGUGA